UGGGUCAGUGUCUUAAAACCAAUAUCCCACUACAGCUAAACUCUUGUACCUGUGAAGAAAGCCUCUCAUAACUCAAUUAAAGAAUGACGGAUUUGGAUAGGCCUAAUGUAGAAAUUGAACAAGAUGAAGCGGAAAAUUUGCUUCGUAUGGAUCCAGUUCAAUCGAGUUUCGACGUUGAGACAAGACCAGUUGAACCUGAUACCUUUGCCGGUGAAUCAGUCGUUGAAACUAGAUUUACGGGGGGAGAUACAUUAGAUGAACCCAUUAGAGUUACUUUACUUAAUGAAUUUCGAGCAAUUGGCAAAAAACUGGUUUACAUACUGUAUCCCAAAAAUGCCGAAGUAUUGAGGGACUGGGAUUUAUGGGGACCUUUAAUAUUCUCUCUGGUCAUUUCUAUAUGUCUUGCUCUUCCUGCUUCUAAAUCGGAUAGGGAAUCUAUUUUCACGGUGGUCUUUGCUCUCAUUUGGUUUGGCGAGGCUAUCUGUUCUUUGAACAUCAAACUCUUAGGUGCUAACAUUAGUAUUUUCCAGUCUAUCUGUAUCCUUGGCUACUCUUCAUUUCCGCUCGUAAUUUCUUCAGUCGUUUGUUCUUUUCUUGAUCAGCUUUAUAUUCGUAUACCUGUUAUCGUAGCCAUGUAUGCAUGGGCUACUUUCGCGUCUCUAGGAGUGCUACAAAAUUCUAACCUCGUCAACAAGAAAUUCUUAGCCGCGUAUCCACUCUUUUUAUUUUACUUUUCUUUGUCUUGGAUCAUUUUUCUAUAAACUUAGAUAUGUCUGUUCUUCUUUCCUUUUAUUGCUCCACUUUUAAUUAAUGAGUUUUAUACGAUGAGAUGCAUUAUAAUAAAAAUAUAUUCAUCAUGCUAUAUAACGUGUGCGCAUUAUAGUCUUUGAUUAAUUUAAUGAUUCCGUACCCGCAAUGCAUACUCUUGUUGAGCAUAGGCAUUAAUGUGUGAAAUGAGACUCACUUCCCGUUCCAAAACUUUUAAACGAUGAGGAGCGUUUUCGGACUCCUGCUUCCAAAGCAUCUCAUAACAAGAAAGAUUUCGUUUUUCCGUCUCCAAAGCUUGGUGUGCAUGUGAUAUUUUAGAGAGUAAAAAGCUAGAUCUCUCCAACAACUUUUGUAAACGUUCUCCUACCAAACUUUCUAAUCUAUUGCAAGAAAUAGCAUCUUGUGCAAGACUUCUAUGGACUAUCGAUGUAUAGAUUUUUUCAGCACUUUGGACAUCUUCGUCAUCUUCUUCAUAUACUAUUAAUCCUGGCAACAAAUUAGAUGUGUUAUGUAUAGAGUCGUAAGCUUCCAGAAAUUCUUUAUCAAACCGAUUUUUAUCUGUUUUGUCCUGCGAGGAUCCAAGUUCUUGCAAGACCAUCGCCUUGCACUUGUCCAACUCAUCGUUAGAGAUCUCUGCAACCUUGCUAACUUUUUCUUUCAUUUUCAUACUGCUGGUAGGAUGGCUGAUACCGUCAGAUGCAACUAGUGCAUAUAAUUCUUGGAACACAAGGCUUUCCGCAGAAGAGCCGCUCUUACAUGCCUUUUUCCAAGAAGACGGUUGAAUAAUGUUGGGUCUAGGAAGGCCCUUCUGUAUCACUUGCGAUUGGCGCUCUUGCGCUAAUCGUUCCAUAUGUGCUAAGUGUUCCUGAAUACGACGUUCACGAUCAGCAGCAUCUUCUUCCAUUCUUUCUUCUGAUAACUCUUCUGUUUCAUUAGCAAAUCGAGGUUCCAUUAGUUCAUAAUCAUCUUUAGGCUUUGGCAGUUUGGCAAACAGACUCAUUAAUUCCUUCGCCUUUAAUUUUUUAGCUUUCGAGUCAGCAAUAGCCUGCGCAUUUUGAUUAGCUCUAUUAAUCGCAAACGUAUCACGUGGUGUACGAUAAGGAGUGGCCUGGCUGCUAGGUAAUCCAUCGCCAUUUGUACUGACAGCAGAGCGCACCGGUUUAGCACCAGAAAAUCCAGUCCCUCCAGAAUCUAAUGGAGUAUUUUCUUCUCCCAAAAGUGAUGACUGUUCUCGAUUUUUUAACAAUUGGUUCCUCGCUUCAAUCAGAAGUGCAUCUUCUUUGCCUUCUAAAGCACCGCUACGAGGAGUACGCAGUUGCGUGGAUCGCUCGAGUUGAGAGUAGUUACCUACCAAUCCAGUACUGUGGCCUGCAGCUGGUGUCGUAUCGGUCAUGGAACGAGCGCGGUCACCAGCUAAUCCUAGUUUGACGACCUUAUCCAGCUCAUCCUCAUUAACCUGUGGUGCUGGUAAAUUUAAUUUCCUUCUUUUACUCAUUUGCUCAGCUUCAGCUAAACGUCUCAUUUUCUCAUCAUGAGCAUCAUUAUUGGGUCGUUUUACCUUUUCAACAGGCUUUGGUCGCUCAAAAUGUCCGCGAUCAUUUAGAGUUUCUUUACUCUUCAAACCACGUUCCACAAGUUUAUGAUUCUCAUUUUGCUUAUCUCGUAAAUUCUUACGGUCUUCUUCAGAAGUAUCGUAGAAACCAAUGGCAGGCUUUUUCUCAAAUGGAAUUGAAGCAUUGUAAUCCAUUUCAUUCUUCCUCCUUCGGUUAAGCUUUAUGCUAUAAAAAAAAAGGUUAGUUUCAUUAUUUCCAACAUUAAUUAAUAAUCUCUUACUUUACACCAGCAGCCUUUAACUCACGGCGCUUUUGUAAUUGAGAAAGUCGUUUCGUAAGUUCCAAUUGUUUUUCACGGUCCUUACGCUUAGCCUUUUUUCCUUGUGUAUUUGCAAGACGAGCUCGAGCUUCACUCAGCAUUUCCUUUUCAUCUUCAUCCAUAUCAAUUGCAUCUGGUAGGGCUGGAAGGGUUUCUAAGUUGGGCUCCGCGUCUCCAAAGCGAAGCCGGGAAUUUGGAUCAUUGACGGGAGGAGCAGCUUCCGCACCCUCUCCAGUGGUAAGACCAAGUUCUUCAUUUUCCCGAGCUUCCAAAUCGUCUAAAAGUUUCUGAUACCUUUCUAGGCACUGAGUAGCAGUACGGCCUACAAUGGGAGCGAUCGUCCGCCAUUGCGUUGGCAACAGCUUGGCUAAAUGCAAUAGUUUUUCAUCUUCUUCACGGCUCCAUUCUGUCUAAACCAUUCGGAUGUUAACGACUUUCGGUUGAAACGUUCAAUCCCUGCCAUCUUCGAUUUCUUUUACAAUUCUGAAGGAAGAGGCAGAGACAGAAAAUUCUUCGAAAAACAACUUACCUUUUUAAUGCUAGGAUCAAUCCACUCGUACCAGCGAGCCUUACAUUGUUUAGGAGUCUUGCGAACCAGUAAAGAACUAAUUCGAGCCCACUGGUUUUUUCCAUAUUUACUGACGGCAGCCUAAAGUUGUUAAUAUGAUUAUAGGAAACAAAAGUAAAGAAAUAAAUUUCAUACCUUUAAAAUCUCA